UAAUGAAACGCAGCGUUUAAAGUUGAGAAUAGGGAUUGGGUUUUCGGUUUUCCAUCUUACAUCGUACGGUGUUUCGUCGUUCCUCCUCCCUCCGUCGCCGUUGCCACCGCAGAAAAGGGUUUUGCAUUCUACACCGAUUUGAAUCCUUCGUUCCUUCUCACUCGCGGUUUCUAAACACACUCUCCAUCCACGCAACUUCGCACCAUAUCCCUGUUCCUUCUGAUUGUGGUUUGGUUAGAGGAUGAAGCGGAAGCGUGGGCAUAAAAAGGGAAAGGGAAGAGCAGUAGCAAGCAUGUAGUGAGUGGUAAUGAGACUCAAAAUAAGGAAGAAACCUCUGCUUUGGAGCAUUAUGGUACUAAUAAUGAUAAUGAUGAUGAUAAGGAUGAUAACUCUGGAAUGGAGGUUGACACACCUUCCUCAACUGGGACAGAUCAGCAGCAUUACAAUGUGGCCAGCAUUAAUCCUGAUGGCUCCAUUGAUAAGGCUGUGGGGAAGCCACUCGGGGUUGGACGCGUUAAGGUGAAGCUCAAGACUCCAAAGAUGUUGGACUCCCAUUCCCAGCACACGUCUUCAGAUGCUCCCACGCAUAGUGACACCGAUAAGAGUAGCCAGCAACACGGCUUUGACAAACAAGGUGUCGGUGCUGAUAGGAUGGAAGACAGUGCAAAUUCCUUGCCUGAUAUGAAAUCCCCUGUUCCAUCAAAGAGGGCUGCUACCGCUAGCAUCAAAAUUAAGUCAUCCAAGGUCUUGGCAUCCAAUGCUGACCACACAGUUUCCAGUGAGAUUAAUCAUCCGAAAGAAAGAAGUCUCCGAUAUAAUAAGCAGGAAUUGGACGCUUCCUUAGUUGUAAUAAGGAAGGUAAUGAAAAUGGAUGCUGCUGAACCCUUCAAUGUUCCUGUUAAUCCUGAAGCUCUGGGAAUUCCUGACUAUUUUGAUAUCAUUGACACUCCAAUGGAUUUCGGAACUAUAUGCAGCAAUCUUGAAAAGAGCGAGAAGUACAUGAAUUCUGAAGAUGUUUAUAAGGAUGUUCAAUACAUUUGGGACAAUUGUUAUAAGUAUAACAAUAAAGGUGACUAUAUCUUGGAUCUUAUGAGGCGAGUGAAAAAGAAUUUUAUGAAGUACUGGACUGCAGCUGGGUUAUAUUAUGAACCAUCAAAAGGGACUAAGGGAGCAGAGGAUGCUGCAUUAUCUGGUGAUGGAAAAGUAGCGAAGGGUGGUCAAGCGAAGCAGAAGUCAAAGAAACGUCAUGGAAGACACCAUAAACAUGAUUGUUUAUGUGCUAUUUGUGUGCUAAAGCGCCGAAGGAGGGAACGGGAGGAGAAUGCUCGACUUGCUAAAGGAAACUUUGGAUCUGGUGGUGAUAAGCUCGCUAAAGAAUUUAAGCAAGAGGAAUCAAUGCUUGUAGAAAGCCCUGUUGGUGAGGAUUCAUCAUCAAAUAUGAAUGAUUCACUUGGCACUGAUGGAGAUGCUGAAGAUGACAAAGGAGAGGUAGCAAAAAUGGAUCUUAGUGGGAAGCAGUGCAGCCCUUCCAAGGGAAAGCAUGAAGACAUUGAUGGUGAUGAUGAAGAAGACAAUGACGAAGACCACAGCCAAGAGGAAGGGGAAGAGGAGGAAGACGGAGAGGAAGAAGAUGAGGGGGAAAUUGAAACGGACAACCCGAAGCGACAGAUGGAUGAGGCUUCAAAUCGGUCACAUUAUGGAGGAAGUUUGGCCGAGAAAUCUAUUGUUGGAGAUGUAACCACUCUUCGUGAUGAAUAUGCAGCGACUCGGCAAGAAGGACAAGCUGCAGUAGUCCAGCGACAGAAGCACAAGGAAUCACGAGAUAAGCAUCAGAAAGCUCAGCUGCUUGAGAGCUUAUAUGUCGAAAACCCCAAGCUAUCAAGUUUAUGUGGUAUUCUGUUCCCCAACAAUACUCAAUCUGUCUGGAGUGGACCACAUUCAUUAGUACAGCGUCAGAAUUCAAGUCGCACUUCUUCAAUUCACGCGGCAAUUCGGACUUUGAUGGACUAGCUUUUUUGCGUUACUAUUUUUAAAUUGAUUCACUACUUGCUAGCCACCAUCCCAAAUGAUAAUAGUUUUAGUUCAUGUGAUGUGUUACUAAGUUUAAACUAGGUUUUGUAGCUUUUGCCCUGUCUCUCGGUUUUUAGUAUUAAGCAGGCGUAGGGCAAAAUGAGUCACAUUACUGUAAACAUAACACUAGCGAGCAAAUGCAUCGUCAUUCUCAUUUCUA